AUGCCAACCACAGAGACCAUCCGGGGGAACUGGAACGAGAUCUCCAGGCAAUGUGGCCUGGAGCAGGAAUGUCUUUCAAGGACCCUGGAGUACUUGCAGAAGACCGGCCGAAAGCAGUCGCACGUGGAUCUGGUGGAGGAGUACUACCGCGCCAGCGACUUGUUCGGGCCCGGGGCUUCCCAAGGCGUCAGCUACUCCUCAGCCGUGCACCUUGACCUGUCCUCGGUGGUGCCGUGUAUGGCUGGUCCGAAGCGGCCCCAGGAUCGUGUGCCGCUGAGCGAUAUCAAGCAAAGCUUUCGAAGUUCGCUGACGCACCCGGCAGGCCACUCGGGCUUCGGGCUUUCCUCCGACGCCCUGGCUCCCCAGGUGGUGGAGGUGGAGCAGCGCUCGGUGACGGUCCAGCACGGCCAGCUGGCCAUCGCGGCCAUCACGAGCUGCACCAACACCAGCAACCCCUCGGUACUGCUCGCUGCGGGGCUCCUGGCCAAGAAGGCCGUGCAGCGGGGCUUGCGCACCCCAGGGCACGUGAAGACGUCGCUGGCGCCAGGAUCGCGGGUCGUGACGCGGUACUUGGAGGCUGCAGGACUAUCUGCACCGCUUGAGGAGCUGGGCUUUCACACUGUCGGAUACGGCUGCACAACUUGCAUGGGUAACUCCGGGGACGUCGAGCCCGAAAUGCAGGCGGCUGCCGAUAAGGGCAUCAUCACGGCCGCGGUGCUGUCCGGGAACCGGAACUUCGAAGGACGAGUCCAUCUCUCUGUGAAGGCCAACUAUUUGGCCUCGCCGCCCCUUGUGGUGGCCGCGGCCUUGGCUGGGCGAGUGGACAUCGACUUUGCCUCGGAGGCACUUGGCUUGGACCCCGACGGCAGCGAGGUCUUCUUGAGUGACAUCUGGCCCACGCCGGAGGAAGUGGCCUCGGCCGUGUUUGAGUUUGUGCGCCCGGAGUUCUUCCAGUCCGAAUAUUCGCGGGAGGCCUCCAGCUCCUGGUCCGCGUUGGACAGCGCGGGGGGCAGCGUCACCUAUCCCUGGGACUCCAAGAACACCUUCAUUGCGCCGCCACCGCUCCUGGAACGUCCAACAGGUCCUGUUCGAGAUGCCUACUGCCUGAUGCUUCUCGGGGACUCGGUGACGACAGACCACAUCAGCCCGAACAGCGCGAUACGAGAUGGUCCUGCCUUCGAGUUCUUGCGGGCGGCAGGGGUGGAGAAGAAGGUGGUUUCCCGCGAGCCCGCGGCAGUUGACGAUGAUUCCACAGAAGCAUUGCGUGCAAGAGCGCGCUCGAAGCCCUUCGGCUCUUUGACGUAA